AGUACUGUGUACUGUUAUAGUUAUAGAUGCAAACGUUAUUCAGGACUCCACAGCGAAGACCGACUAACUAAAGAACGGACAACAGUACAACUAUACCAACGAUGGCCUCGGGACAGGGUUUCUAUAAAUCACCAGCUGUUUGUCCACCUACCGAAGAUGAUUUACAGAAAUUAUCAGAAGAAUUAAAUUUAAAAUGUACAACAGAAGAAAUACAGGCUAUAACAGCUCAAUUUAAAAAUACAGCAACUUCCUUCCAACGUUUAUCAGAACUUCCAGAACCCGCACUUCCGGUUAAAUAUCCAAGAGUUCCAGGUUACAGACCAGCAGAAAAUGACAACCCAUAUAAUGCAUGGAGUUGGAAAUGUGAUAUCAAAGGUGCGUCUACAGGUAAAUUGGCAGGUAAAACUGUGGGUAUUAAAGACAACAUUGCCGUAGCAGGAGUACCUAUGAUGAAUGGUAGUAAAAUAUUGGAAGGUUAUGUACCAGAAUUUGAUGCUACAGUCGUCACUAGAGUCCUAGACGCUGGGGGAAGAAUUCUGGGUAAAACAGCGUGUGAGGACCAGUGCUUCAGUGGAUGUAGUAGUACCUGUUCUAGCGGGCCAGUGAGGAAUCCGGUUGAUGAGACCAGAACUGUUGGUGGAUCUAGUUCAGGCAGCGCAGCCCUGGUGGCUGGCAAGGUGGUAGAUCUGGCUAUUGGAGGUGAUCAAGGUGGUUCCAUCAGAAUACCAGCAUCAUGGUCAGGUAUAGUAGGAAUAAAACCAACCUGGGGUCUUGUACCAUAUACUGGUGCCAUGCCUAUAGAACUUACAGUUGAUCAUCUCGGACCAAUGGCAGCCAAUGUUCACGAUUGUGCUCUUCUCUUAGAGGUUCUCGCUGGUUACGAUGAAGGACGAGAUCCACGACAACCACGUGAUUUAAAAGUUGAACCAUAUACCACUUUAUUAGAUAAAGGUAUCAGCGGGAAAAAGAUUGGACUGCUACAAGAAGGUUUCUCACUUUGUACGGAACAAGACGUCGCUCAAUUGGUAGAACAGGCUGCCCAGACAUUAACAAAGGCUGGAGCUAAAGUUGAAAAGGUUUCGGUACCGAUGCAUUUGGAUUCAUCCGCUAUUUGGACAGGAGUAUGCAUGCAGGGAGCAUAUAAUAACAUGAUCCUUGGAAAUGGAAACGGCUACCAAUGGAAAGGGUAUUACGCAACGUCGCUACAGGAAGCAUAUUUCCGUGGACGGACAACUCGACCGUAUGAUAAUUCCAAAGUUGUUAAAAUGCUGUGUUUGGUUGGAGAAUAUAUGAACAGAAAUUAUGGUAACAAAUUUUAUGCGAAAGGCCAGAACCUGACCACGGUAUUAACCCAAGCCUAUGAUAAAGUUCUACAGGAAUAUGAUGUCUUAAUUCUACCAACUUUACCAUAUAAGGCAUCAAAACUUCCACAAGCCGAUUGCUCAACUUCUGAAUUCUUUGACACAGCACUAUCGAUGGUAACUAAUACAGCAGCAGCCGAUUCAACUGGUCACCCCGCGCUCUCUAUAAACGCGGGAAAUAUUGAAGGACUUCCGAUUGGUAUGAUGAUCGUGGGGCGCCAUUUUGAUGAAACAACAGUAUUACAAGUGGCACGAGCGUUUGAGAAAAUUCGAGAUGGAAAAUAAGAAGAAAGUUAAAGUUUCGCUUUAUAUUUUCAGUUUUGCAGAAUAUUUUAAUAUAUAACUAUUUAGGGUUGUAAUAAAGUACAAUAAGUAUAAAGUUACUAAGCGUGACAGGGUUUGAUCACACCUUGGUAUCUCUCCCCCUAUGGCUUACAUCAUAUUCGAUUAGGCCUUCAAUUAUUAUCAAUCAAAAACAAAACACACGUCGCAAUCAAAGAAACCAAUCAAAAUAUCGCUGAGCAUGACAUACGCAAUAUCAAUUACAUUGUGUGAUAAAUCAAAAUAUACCACGUUGUUUUGUUUAUUUACAAUAAUCGACUGUUCCAUUCAUGACGACACUGCUAGGUAUCACACAGUAAAGUAGUAGGUCAGAGAUUUUCAUGUAAAUUUAUUUAAAGAAGCACAUCUUUUAAUAUCACUUAUAUUGUGUAAUAAAUCAAAAUAUAGCAAGCUGCUUUAUUUAUUAACAAUAACCCACAUGUUCAAGUGUCACACGUAUUGUUAAAAGCAGUGAUGUCAGGAGUUUUGGUGUAAAAAUAUUUAGAACAAAAUCCGAAUAGUAGAAGUAAAAAAACAGUAACAUUGUAAAGUCUAGCACUCCUUGAUUUAAUUAAUAUGCAGCAUGAAACAUGUUUACUGUCUUCGUUACGGCUCUAUAAAGCUUAACGGGAUGGAUUUGACCGAAUGGUUCAAUGUAGAUUGUUAUUAUUUUCUUGGUCGAAGGUUGUGGUUAAUAUAAUCAUUAAUUUCUUUUGAACUCCAUUAAACAACAUUGUAUUGUUA